CGUAAAGAAAUCCAUUGGAUUGGGUAACGUGUUGCUGUUCAAAGAUAACAAACAGCGGUUUUCAAGAAUCAAGAGGGAGGAGAUUAGUGAAAUCCCAGACGAGGAAUCCUGCAGCGUUUUAGCCUCUGAGAUUCUGAGAUCUAUGGGUCCUUGUUCUUGAGAAUAUAAUGUUGUUCGAGAUCUGAAAUUUGGUUUGUUUUGGGCGUUCUGGGAUUGUGUAUGUGGAGCUGAGAAAAUGGGGAGCAAAUGGAGGAAAGCGAAGCUGGCUUUGGGAAUGAAUAUCUGUCUCUACGUUCCCGAAACGCUAGAGGAAGGUCCGGCGACGGCUCCCUCUGCCGCCGGCAGAGUUUCCGACGCCCUUCCGCUCUCUCCCGCCUCUGCCCGGAGCUCCGACUCCCAGAUCAACAUGCCCACCACCCCCACCCCCUCCUCCUCCGGCCUCCGAUUGCCCAAACACAGCUUAAAGUCUUCAAAGAAGACUUGUGCAAUAUGCUUGACGAGUAUGAAACCAGGCCAAGGGCAUGCGAUUUUCACUGCAGAAUGUUCACACUCGUUCCAUUUCCAGUGUAUAACCUCGAAUGUUAAGCAUGGGAACCAGAUUUGUCCCGUGUGCCGAGCAAAAUGGAAAGAGAUUCCAUUCCAGAGCCCCGUUGGUGAUAUACCCCAGGAAAGAGCGAGGGCCAACCCCCGUGUAUAUUGGCCUCAAGAUGAUACCUGGAUGGCAGCUCUAAGGCGUCCUCCUCCUCGAGCUGAUUCGAAUCGACACGGUUCUUCACCGUUUCAUGUUGUCGAACCGGGUUUCUUUGAUGAUGAUGAACUUGUUGACCCUGAACCGGUAUGCACCGAUAAAACCUCACCGGGUAAUGCAGCUAAUACCCGUUCUAUGGGUCCGGUGGAAGUUAAAACAUAUCCCGAAAUUUCUGCUGUUUCAAAGUCGGGUUCACACAAAGAUUUUUGUGUUCUGAUUCAUCUCAAAGCUCCCAAAGCCGACGGGUUCCCACAUUCUGAGCUAAACCAAGGCGAAUAUCCAGUAACCCAGAAUUCUCGUGCCCCCGUUGAUCUUGUUACUGUGUUAGACGUUAGUGGUAGCAUGGCCGGUACCAAGCUUGCUUUACUAAAGCGCGCAAUGGGGUUUGUUAUCCAACAUCUCGGCCCUUCCGAUAGACUUUCAGUCAUCGCAUUCUCCUCAUCUGCUCGUCGUCUCUUUCCUCUUCGCAAGAUGACUGAUACGGGAAGACAGGAGGCGUUACAAGCUGUUAAUUCGCUCAGUUCGAAUGGCGGGACGAAUAUUGCCGAGGCCCUAAGAAAGGGCGCCAAGAUUAUGACUGAACGGAGGUCGAAAAACCAAGUUAGCAGUAUAAUACUACUGUCCGAUGGGCAGGACACAUACACUGUGAACAGUCCCCGUGGUGGCCAUCCUCGAGUUAGCCAGCAGUCUUUACUCCCGAACUCGAUGCAUCGCAAUAAUGGCACGGGUCUCCAUAUACCCGUACAUGCCUUUGGGUUCGGUGCUGACCAUGAUGCUGUGGCAAUGCACUCAAUCUCCGAAAGCUCGGGGGGGACGUUUUCUUUCAUAGAAGCCGAAGGGGUGAUUCAAGACGCUUUUGCUCAGUGCAUUGGUGGGCUUCUAAGCGUUGUGGUACAGGAAUUGCGGGUUGAGGUAGAAUGCGGUCACCCUAAGCUGCAACUCGGUUCGAUAAAAGCCGGGAGUUACAAAAGCUCGUUGAAAUCGAACAAACGAGGCGGGGUUAUAGAAUUUGGAGAUUUAUAUGCCGAAGAGGAAAGAGAUUUUCUAGUCACCCUCGAUAUUCCCGGUGUUGAUGUUUCGAGCAACGAUAUGAACCUCCUAAACGUUAAGUGCAUUUACAACGACCCCAUCUUGAAAACUACCGUGACAAUGGAUCAUGCCGGUGAUGUCAAAAUCGAGAGGCCUAACUCGAUCGGACAAGUGUUGGUGUCGAUGGAAGUCGACAAGCAGCGGAACAGGCUCCGAGCAGCGGAAGCGAUGGCCGAGGCGAAAGCUGCCGCCGAUCGCGGUGACUUAGCGGGUGCAGUGUCGAUCGUCGAGCAAUCCCGCAAGCAGUUGUCUGAAACCGUGUCGGCCCGAGGUGGGGACAGGCUAUGCGUUGCUCUGGAUGCCGAGUUGAAAGAAAUGCAAGAGAGGAUGGCGAAUCGACGCAUUUACGAAACCUCCGGAAGGGCUUACGUUCUGUCGGGACUGAGCUCACACUCGUGGCAGAGGGCCACAGCUCGAGGCGAUUCCACCGAGAGCACGAGCCUGGUGCAAGCUUACCAGACACCUUCGAUGACCGAAAUGAUUACCCGCUCCCAGACUAUGGUCUUAGGUAGCCCGUCUCCCCGACAACUCAGACAAGCGCGGUCGUUCCCCUCACAACCGCAACCAAGGUGAUGAUCUCCUCGGGCUUAGUCUUGAAAUAGCUUGUGUCAACUCCAUUAUGCUUCUUUACUUGAAAAAACUUCAUUUUUUUCUUUCUUUCUUUCUCGUUUCUUCUAAACCUUGAUAAGCGGAAUUUUGGAAGCUGCAGAUGAGUAGGAAUGGUGGUGGGGGUAUAUUUUCAUGUUAAAUGCUCAUGAAAUUUAAAAGCAGAAAAAGAAAAAAGGAAGGGAAAGGUAAGUGGUGGAAGGGGAUUCAAGAGCAUUGUACAUACUCUGAUGAUAAUAUUCUGCUUUCUUUUUGUUUUUGGUUUUGUUCCUUGGAGAGUUUUGGGGUAUAGCCAGCCUGUUAUAACUUUUGGGCAAACAACUAUUUCUUCUCUCAAUCUCAAUGUAUGGAAAAUAUUUCUAUUCUUUCCAGCACUAUUUACUUUGCUUCUAAA